AUGGAAUACGAGCUGCAGAUGCAGGCCUUCAACGCCGUCGGGGCCGGGCCGUGGAGCGAGGUGGUGCGGGGCCGGACGCGGGAGUCAGGUCCCGCUGGUGACAGGUCUGAACCUGCCACUGCCCUUGUAGGUUACUGUAAUGCACAGUGGGUUGCAACCCACAGAAGUCCCCUGGGUUUCCUCAACGCUGGUCCACUUUCAGCCACCAGCACCAAGCAAAAGCUCCUGUGCCACUUUGUGGCUUUAUUUCUUCCUACUCUUCUCAGAGGGCAGGAGGCUAGGACUGGUCAUAGCAUCCUCCUUUCACUUUCUUCAAAACAACUAGCUAUUGAUCACCUGCUGACCAACAAGUGCUGGCCACCAGGAGGGGAGAGUGAGAAGACUCUUAAGCAAGGAAGCCUCUCCUGUCCCUAUCACGGAAUACCACAUUUAGAGCUGUCAGUGAACUGGCGUGUGUCUGAAAUUCCUUCAGCCGUCCCUGAGAACGUGUCAGCCGAGGCUGUCAGCUCGACCCAGAUUUUACUGACGUGGGCAUCCGUGCCAGAACAGGACCAGAAUGGGCUCAUACUGGGCUACAAGAUCCUGUUCCGGGCCAAAGACCUGGAUCCAGAGCCCAGGAGCCACAUCGUGCGAGGGAACCACACGCAGGCGGCCCAGCUGGCAGGCCUGCGCAAGUUCGUGCUCUGCGAGCUCCAGGUGCUGGCGUUCACCCGCAUCGGGAACGGGGUCCCCAGCACGCCCCUCAUCCUGGAGCACACCAAAGACGAUGGCCUACCAGUGAGGCUCGUGUUCCCCGAAGUGAGACUCACCUCCGUGCGGAUUGUGUGGCAACCUCCGGAGGAGCCCAACGGCAUCAUCCUGGGGUACCAGAUUGCCUACCGCCUGGCCAGCAGCAGCCCCCACACCUUCACCACCGUGGAGGUCGGCGCCACGGUGAGGCAGUUCACAGCCACCGACCUGGCCCUGGAGUCCGCAUACAUCUUCAGGCUGUCCGCCAAGACGAGGCAGGGCUGGGGGGAGCCACUGGAGGCCACCGUCAUCACCACCGAGAAGAGAGAGCGGCCGGCGCCCCCCAGAGAGCUCCUGGUGCCCCAGGCGGAAGUGACCGCAGGCAGCCUCCAGCUCCAGUGGGUCCCGGGCAGCGACGGGGCCUCCCCCAUCCAGUACUUCACCGUGCAGGUGCCAGAGCUGCCCUGGGAAGAGUGGCAGACCUACUCCUCGUCCAUCAGCCACGAGGCCACAACCUGCGUCGUUGACAGACUGAGGCCCUUCACCUCCUACAAGCUGUGCCUGAAAGCCACCAAUGACAUUGGGGACAGCGACUUCAGUUCAGAAACAGAGGCAGUGACCACGCUGCAGGAUGAUUUUGUUAGCCUACUGAAAAUGCAAGAUGCAAUUCUUUCAUGGGAACACUUAUUAGAACUUAAGAAUAAUCAUUGUGAACAACUUACAGUAAAUAUUAAACAAAUGGAAAAUAUGGUUGGUGUACUACAAAAGGAGCUAUCUAAAGCAAAAGAAACACAAUUACAGUUAGAGCAUGAAAAAGGUCAAUGGGAACAAGAACGCUACAGUUUGAGAUGGAGCUGUCUAGUUGAAGGAAAACAAGCUCAGGACUUUCACUGAUUCUACAUCAU